CACGUCCCCACUUCCUCCCAACUUUUCUAACCUCCCUCUCCUCUCUCCUCUUUCCUCUUUCUGUCUCCACCCCACCGCGGCGGCCGCCACAACGCGCAGCAACCGGCAGUGGUAGCAGAGGACGCAACCGCAACCCAAGCCCUACUGCCACCACCGGCGCUACUCCGCUAGCCCCCCCGUACUGCCAUGGCCGACCCAGCGGAGCACCGCCCGGAGGAGGAGGAGGAGGCCGCGGCCGCGGGCGAGGACGAGGACACCGGCGCCCAGGUCGCGCCCAUCGUCAAGCUCGAGGAGGUCGCCGUCACCACCGGAGAGGAGGACGAGGAGGUCCUCCUCGACUUGAAGGCGAAGCUGUACCGGUUCGACAAGGAGGGGAACCAAUGGAAGGAGAGGGGCACUGGCACCGUGAAGCUCCUGAAGCACAAGGAGACCUCCAAGGUCCGUCUCGUCAUGCGCCAGGCCAAGACCCUUAAGAUCUGCGCCAAUCACCUCGUGGCGACGACGACGAAGAUGCAGGAGCACGCGGGCAGCGAUAAGUCCUGCGUGUGGCACGCGCUGGACUUCGCAGACGGCGAGCUGAAGGAGGAAAUGUUUGCCAUCCGCUUUGGAUCCGUCGAGAACUGCAAGAAAUUCAAGGAAACUGUAGAAGAGAUUGCUGAGCAGCAAGGAAAGAAUGAGGAGAAAGAAAACGAGGAUGUCUCCUCUACUGCUGGGUUGGUUGAGAAGCUAUCAGUGACCGAGACCAAAAAAGAGGAAAAUGCAGAGAAAGAGGAGACUCCUGCAGAAGAGGAUAAGGAUGCUAAAGAGUGAAAGCACCCGCUAUCUCUAGGCAGCAUUUGUAUGCCUGAGUGAGUAAAGUGUUAAAUGAGUGUCAUUUCAUUCCUUUUGUGGUCAGGGUUCUUCUUCCUUCACAAAUUUUCAUUGUGUUUUCUUUUGGAUGAAUGUUUGUGAGGCAAAAUUUGAGUUUGUCAUUUACUCUUUAGUUGGGUUCUUGGUUAAUAGACUGUCACUUAAACCUUAGAGUUAUUAUCCGAGAUGGGGUGGUGGAGUGGGGACAAUAUGUUUGUACAAUUAUUUGAUGUUGCUUUUAGAAUGGACACGGUUUGGAUUGUCCAAAAUCAGGACGGCGAUGCCCUGUCAGUCACUCGCAGUUCUUAUCUAUGGCGUUGCAAUAAUAUGUGAUGCGAAGCUCUUCGGUGA